AUGGAACCAGGAUUUCAUUUCACAGACUAUCAAAAAGCAGAGCUAGAAAACUCAUUUAAAAAAUUUUCCCCGAACUCUGAAGGCAAAAUCACUAUUGAAAGCGUCAAUAACCUAAUUAAAACCAUAGAGUCAACUAAAUCAAACAAACAAGAAAUUUCUCCAUCAGAUUACUCUGUAGAUCCUCAAGUAGCAGAAACAAAAACUUUUUUAAACGGUUCAUCAGAAUGCGAUUUCGACACUUUUAUAUCAACAUUAGAAGAUGCCAUAUCUAAGCCAGACGUUUUUGAAAAAGCUUUAGCACAAAGUUUUCGAUUAAUGGACAUGAGAGGGACUGGGUUUAUAGAAGCUCAAGACUUAAUGCAGCUUGCAGAAAUUUUGGGCGAAAAUUUAUCAGGAGAAGAAGAAGCAAGAAGGAUUAUUCAUAGAGCAGAAGAAAAUUCUGAGGACGGAAAAAUGACAAUUAAAAGUUUAAGAGCGUUUUUACAUAAUGAUAUUGAUUCCAAUUUAUCACCGUAA